AUGAGGCACGUUAGAUUUUCGAGGAUUUUGAGUAAUGUCCACGUACGCUGUCGCAUUAUUCAUUGAACCGGAGCAAAAAUGCGCCUCAUAUUUUUGGAAACUAUUGUUUGAGCGGAUUUUUCAAAAUUAUUUCAAAAAUUCGUGUAAGUGUGAUUUCAAAUUGGAGAAAUGGAUAGUGUUAUAAUGACGUCCCCCGGUAACAGUACUCGUAUUAAGUCACGUUUGCGUAAUGCAGCUGCAAAUUUUUUGGCGCGAAAUUCCAAAAACCAUCGCCAAUUCAACAACCUUAAGCACAACGUUAUCAAUAACAAUAAAAACAAUCGCAUUAUAAACGCGAGAGUAAAACACAACGGCAACCUCAAACAUGUUAAUAAUUACAAAUGUAGUGGUAUCAACGGAAACCACAAAAGUAGCAGUUGCGUGAAUAAAAAUGUAAACAACGUCCCUACCGCCGACACCACCACCACCAAUGCCAAUAAUCUCAGCAACCACCUCGCACGUCAAGGAAGUUUUGCAAGGGAAGUGUACAAUACCAUUGGCGACAGAUUAGGGCACACGUCUCACAUUCCUGGGGAUUCGGUCCAAACUCUUUUCAAUGACAUGCAUCUUUAUCCGUCCAAAUCUCAAGCUUUUUUGGUGUCAGUUUCAGAAAUGCUACAAUGUGCAAGGCAAUGUGGACGACGAAACGGUACAACUUCCUUCUUAACUUUUGGAGAAUUUUGUGUGUUUGCGAGAGAAAUGCAAAGGCCAAAAUCACAUAGAAGAUCACCUCAGAAGUCUCCAAAUGCAAACUGUGCAAGAAAUUGUGAAGUGUUCUUAGGCGGUUCGUGUAAUCCAACAACAUGGCGAAUCGAGACGGCGAUACCUGAACUUCAAAAACACGGUAUAACGUAUUACAAUCCGCAAAAAUCGAUAUGGGGACCUGAGUUAGUCGCAGAAGAGCACGACGCGAAACAGUCUGCUUCUGUAUUAUUGUUUGUGCUCGAUAGUCAAACACGUAGCGUAGCUGGCAUGAUUGAGGUGGCUUAUUUAGUUGCAUCGGAUCGUUGUGUUGUGGUUGUUGCUCAUCCUUACCAACUUGGACAGAGCAUAAUGGGUGAGGAACUGUCUUAUAGAUUGACUUCUAGGGAGUAUGAUGAUCUGGUUAGCGGUCAGAUGACGCUAUUGUCGUUAUUACGUAAUCAAGGUGUAAAGGUACAUUCGAAUUUAACAUCGGCACUACAAAAGACCACAAGCAUAUUAAAGUAUUCUUAUAACUUGGCCGAAGAGCAGGUUACUAGUAAAUUAAGGAAAUUAAGAGAAGUGUUUGAUUCGUACAAUGUCGAUGCAACGGGGAAGCUACAUUUAAAUGAUGUUUUAGAUGCGUAUUAUCGAUUAACUAAUAAGACGUUGCAAAUUGCCGAAUUGUAUAGCUAUUUAAGCAGUUCUAAUAUUGAGGCGAGUAAAAUGAAAAUCUCAUUCGAAGAAUUCUGUUCUUUGGUGGCAGAGUUUAGUAGCGACGGUUGCAACACGAUCACUGAUGGUAGAAUACUUAAUUUGUUAUAUUGGAGAAGUACACUUUUGAAGACGAGACAUUUACUUAGAUUGUUUGUUAUUCAACCUCUAAAUUCUGCUAUAGAUUGGGCAAGUCAGCCGGUGCAACGUCAAUGUUCAACAAACAACAAUACUCACUGUGAUAUGAUGACGGAUCAUAAAACUUGUAAUGGAUUACAAGACGAUCGCGUUCUUAAAGGGUUUGUAAGUGAUGUUUAUUUGGGAGGCUCGUGUUCGCCGCAGGCUACGUGGCGCGAAACAGUCGCAAUUCCUCUUUUAAAAAAACACGGAUUAACAUAUUACAAUCCGGCAAUAAGAGAAACGAAUGCGGACAAUGAGAAAGAUCCGACAAAUGGCACGUACUUCAACAAGGAAAUAUCCCUCAAGCUUGAGAAUUGGAACAAGUCGAUAGAGAGUAGCAAAGUAGUAUUAUUUGUAGUAACGAAUGACACCAGGUCAUUAACUACAAUGAUACUUGCCGCCCAUUAUAUGGGUUUGAGUUGGCCUAAUUUAAUUUUGUGCAUACAGUCGUUACCAACUACAUGCGACGGACACGAGCAGUUAACCACUCAAGCGAUUAAAGACUAUAACAGAGGUCGCGUUUAUUUAUCAGAUCUUGCGAAGCGUAAACAAAUUCCAGUAUUCGAAAACAUCACUGAAGCUGUACAACGUGCAAUUAGUCAAUGUCGGGGAAGGUAGAAUAUUGCCUGUUAUUAUUAUUAUUAUUAUAAAUGUUUGUUAAUGACCAAUUUCAUUACCAUGCUCUCUUCGUCAUUUCUCGCAAACAUCACAGUAUUUAUUUUAAAAAUAUGCGAAAAAUUUUAUAUAUUUGUAAUUAUUCUUAUAAUAUUUGGACAAAUAUUUCACCGCUUUAGAACAAUAAUAGCGACCCCGUACCACUACUUUAUAUUUGUCAUUUAUGCUUUGUUACGAUUUUAUAGAAACCAGUAUUAGACCUGUUAAAAUUUCAAUUUGCUGCACGUGUCUUACUUUUCUCAUCACAUUUAGGUUAUGAAGAAUAUUCAGUGCGGCAUGGAUUGCUGCGAGUGGUGGUAGCUAUUAUU